UGCGGUACCUGUGGGAGGCGCUCGGCAGCGGGAGCAGUUUGAGGAGGCAGAGGACCGCCUGUUUGGAGCGAGAGCGGAUUAGCGUUCACAUUUCUUCAAACUAUCACGUUAUCAGUGUUUCAGGUGUGGAGUUCAAGAAUGCAUGCUUGCGGUGCAGUACUGAGAAUGCGUGCUUGCUGAACAUCCCACCUGCGCGUGUCCACUUAUUUUUUGCCUCUCGGCUGGGUUUUUUUUUUUUCCCGUCUUUUGCUUUCAUUUUCCUGUAACGAAGAAUCCACUAUGUCACAGCCACCUGAAGCAGAGCCAGUUACUGUGGUACCGGCAGAACCAGCGACAACUAGUGAACCAACAGCUACCACAACACCUAUCACACCGGUCACCAGAACUUCUUUCUGGAGGGAAAGAAGAAAAACCCCAGAGAGGACGGAUGAGUUUCUGCUGGCCAGAUUUCAGGGUGAUGGAGUGAGAUAUAAAGCCAAGCUCAUUGGUGUGGAUGAUAUCCCAGAACCCAGAGGGGACAAAAUGUGUCAGGAUUCCAUGAUGAAACUAAAGGGCAUGGCGAUAGCGUCUCGUUCUCAAGGCAAGCACAAACAACGAAUAUGGGUGAACAUUUCUUUAACAGGAAUCAAAAUUGUUGAUGAGAAAACUGGGGUGAUUGAGCAUGAACAUGUGGUGAAUAAGAUCUCCUUCAUUGCUCGCGAUGUCACCGAUAACCGGGCAUUUGGAUACGUUUGUGGAGCAGAGGGGCAGCACCAGUUUUUUGCUGUUAAAACAGCUCAGCAGGCUGAGCCUCUGGUUAUUGAUUUGAAGGAUCUGUUUCAGCUGAUAUUCAAUAUGAAGAAGAAAGAGCAUGAGGCUGCACAGAAGGGUGAUGGAAAUAACGCUGUGAUUGAGAAUGGUGGUGAUGCUUUACUCACUUUGGAUGGGAAAGAAAAUGCUGUAAAAACUGUAGAGCAGAUGGACUUGUUUGGUGAUAUGUCCACUCCACCUGACAUUCACUCUCCUACGCCUGACAGUGUUCUGCUCCUUGACUUUGCUUUUGUGAUUGAUGGCAAGCAAGAAAAGCCUUUCAUCUCAUACUCAUCCUCUCUCUCCAAUACACCAGAUGACAAACCCGUUUCAUCCAUAUCAGAUCUUUUCCCAACUUUUAGCACCGAUCCAUUCAGUGAUAAUCCCUUUUCUCCCUUGAAUGGUCAAUCAGAUUCCAUGUUCUCUUCCAAUGAGUCAGAUCUUUCUAGUUUGCUUGUGAAUGGGCCGGAUUUGAGUGAAGAGUCCCGUUCAAACAGUCAGCAGUUUAAUGGAUUGUCCAAUGACCUGUUUUCACAUGAAAGCAAAGUAAACCAGCUUACUGUAAGCCAUUCGAAUGAUGACCGCAAUUCCCCCUUUAGCCAGAACCCUUUUUUGAGAACCUCAGUGAACAACCCACCAGUCUUGAAUGGGUUAAACAAAUCAGGUCCCCCGGUUCUUCAAAGUCCUCUAUGUAAUGGACAGAGUAAAUCAGCGGAAUGGUUGCAAACCAUCCUGCCAACUUCUGUUCAAAGUGGAGGCUUGAUGGUGCUUUGCCCCCCACCUCAAAGCUCGAGGUCUGGAUGCAUGCGGAGGAGAGAGAAGUCACCUGGAAAUGACCUAUUCGGAGCUGAACUUUUUGCUCCAUCAGUCCAGAAUGAGUCUCAGCCUUCAAGUCAGACCUCGUCCAUUCCAGCGGAUCUGUUCAACACCACGCCGUCCUCCACCGUCAAUGCUCUUGGGUCACUGUCUCUGGGCCCUACUUCAGUCACUCAAACUCCUGGGACAGUUCCAUCUCUGUGGAGUCAGCCUCCCACAAUGUUUCCUCCUCAGGGUGGUGUUCCACAAGUAACCGUUCCAGGACAGCCAAACCCUUUUCCUCCUCCAUCUGCCUAUGGAGGCUUGCCUGUACCUGCGUGGGGCCAGCAAGGAGCUUCUCCUUUUUGUCCACCAGCUGUCACCCAAGCCUGGGGUCAACCAGGACCUGCAGCACCUGUUGGGUCCUGGCCCACCACUGGUCCUGUGCCAGGACCUUUCCAACCAAACCAGUUUGCUCCCAUGGUGCCUCCUAAUGCAAUGAUGGGUAUGCAGCAGAGUGCAGUGGUUCCUCCUCGACCUCCACCCCGUCCUCCGGUGAAGGAAGAUCCCCCAGUGGUCAAAAGUGCCUUUACAGCUUUGGACCCCCUUGGGGAGAAGGAGAAGAAGACCGGAAAAGAUAUGUUCAAAAAUUUCCAAAUGGUUAAGCCCCAGAAACCAGAACAAGGAACUGAUCCAAGCACCAAUGGCUCAUUUGACCAGUACUUUUCCAGCAAGGUUGGCUUGGCUCAGGACGUGGCAGAUCAUGAUGACUUCGACAUAAACCAAAUCUCAAAUGGGACCUCCAAACUCGCUCCUCAGCAGGCCCCUCAUAGUGUUGCAGUACCUCAGGGAGCAGGUCUGACUCCGACCCCGGCCCAAGCCACAGGGCUUUUGGAUGCUGCCUUCACUCCUAAUCUAGGCCCUGCCCUCUCAAACCCAGCUCCCACAGCAGGCUCAAACCUUUUUGAUGACGCUUUUGGAGCACUACCCAUGAAUACAAGCACUCCAGCCACUCAGACUGCUGCCCUUGCAGAUGUUUUUGGAGACCCGUUUGGGGGAAAUCCUUUUGCCUGAGAAACUUUAGCACUGUUGACCCUGCCUGAUCCGGUGCUACUGAAGCAGAGGACCACACAAGCACUAUAGUUGAGAUCAGCCUUCUACUUGGAAAAGAAAUGUGCUUGUAAAACUCCCUUUUGUAUUCUUGUGCUGCACUGUUCUAUUUCCUACUAUAUAUCUGCUGUAGCCUCUUUCUGUGCCUUUUCAACUGAUCACAUAUCAGCCCUUCUCCAGCCCAUUCAAAUGAACCCAUUUCAAUCCCAAGUCACUCAUGAAAUAAGAUGCACAGUUAAAGUAGGGUUCUUGUAAAGAGUGUAGAGAAGGUGAGGGAACAAGAGAAUGAUUGUUUUUGUGUACAUGAUUUUUCUGUAUGCAAGUAUACCAAGCAUUUAUGAUGGAAGUAAAAAUGCUUAAUCCUAAUGAUUUGUCAUUAAAAAAAAGUGAAUGAA